AUGGAUUAUGCAGUGUCAACUACAACUGAUUACAUUGAUUAUGGUAUAUCAGAGCCCUGCCAUAAGACCAAUGUGAAAGAAAUCGCAGCCAAGCUCCUACCUCCGCUGUACUCGCUGGUGUUCAUCUUUGGUUUUGUGGGCAACCUGCUGGUCGUCCUCACACUGGUAAACUACAAAAAGCUGAAGAGUAUGACUGACAUCUACCUGCUCAACCUGGCCAUCUCCGACCUGCUUUUCCUUUGCACCGUUCCAUUCUGGGCUCACUACGCAGCAGACCAGUGGGUCUUUGGGAACAAAGCAUGUCAGCUUUUGACAGGGUUCUAUUUAAUCGGCUUCUUCUCUGGAGUCUUCUUCAUCAUCCUCUUGACAAUUGAUAGGUACCUGGCGAUCGUCCACGCCGUGUUUGCUUUGAAAGCCAGAACGGUCACAUUCGGGCUGGCGACAAGUGGGGUCACGUGGGUGGUCUCUGUGCUGGCCUCUCUCCCGGGAAUCAUCUUCACCAAAUCCCAAAAAGAAGGUCCUCGUCUUACAUGCAGCCCUCACUACCCAACCCAUCAAUAUCAUUUCUGGAAGAAUUUCCAGACAUUAAAGAUGGUCAUCUUGGGUCUGGUCCUGCCACUGCUGGUCAUGGUUGUCUGCUACUCGGGAAUCCUGAAGACCCUGCUUCGGUGUCGAAACGAGAAGAAGAGGCACAAGGCGGUGAGGCUCAUCUUCGUGAUCAUGAUCGGCUACUUUCUUUUCUGGACUCCCUACAACAUCACCCUGCUUCUGACCACCUUCCAGAAUUCCUUUGGCCUGAAUAACUGCAGUAGCUCCAAUAGGCUGGACCAAGCCAUGCAGGUGACGGAGACCCUGGGGAUGACGCACUGCUGUAUCAACCCCAUCAUCUAUGCCUUCGUUGGCGAGAAGUUCAGAAACCACCUGUCAGCGUUAUUCCGAAAGCACAUCGCCAGGCGCCUCUGCAAACGCUGUCUGAUCCUCCAGCGGGAGGCUCCCGAGCGUGCAAGCUCUGUCUACACGCGAUCCACAGGGGAGCAGGAACUCUCCACUGGCCUGUGA